AUGACUCGGCAAGCAUUCCCAGACUUGGUCUUGGCGGACAAGAGGUUCUUCAUUAAUGACCCAGUGGAUCUCGUACUCGGAGGAGACAUAUACCCACAGAUCAUUUUAGGCGGCAUAAAAAAGAACGUAUUAAAUACGCUUCUCGCCCAAGAGGCCGUGUUCGGUUGGAUUUUAACCGGUUGUGCGGAAGCAUCGAAUCCAACCAACAAUAUUUUCUCAUUUUACAAUGAAGUCAACCUGGACAAACAGUUAACCGCUUUUUGGGAGUUGGAGGAUAUUCCUAAGAAAAAAGGUCUUAAUGACGACGACACCUAUUGCGAAGAACUGUUCAAGACUACAACCGAGAGGAAUGCAGAAGGGAAAUACAUCGUGUCUUUACCCUUCAGAAAGGACUAUCCGAACAACAUUUCCUUAGGGCCAUCGUUGAAAGGCGCCUGCUCUCAGUUCUACCGGAACGAGACGCGCCUAGCGAAAAACCCUGUCCUGCAAACGGAAUAUAAUCGGGUUUUGAGGGAAUAUGAGACAUUAGGGCAUAUGUCUAAAAUAUCUGAUAACGUGCCAGCAGACUCAACUGACUGUUAUUUCUUACCUCAUCACGCUGUUGUGAAGGAAGAAAGCAUCAGUACAAAG